AUGUUGGUUGUGGUGGUGCUGGUGGUUGCUGGUGCUGGUUGUGGUGAUUAUGAUGGUGGUGCUGGUCGUGAUGGUUGUGGUGCUGGUGCUGGUCAAGGUGGUGUUGGUGGAUGUGCUGAUAGUGAUGGUCAUGGUGCUGGUGGUUGUCAUGAUGGUUGUGGUGGUGCUGGUGGUGGAGCUGGUGGUCAUUGUGCCUGUGGUGGUUAUGAUGGUGGUGGUGGUGGUGCUGGUAGAUGGUCUGAUGGUGGUGGUGCUGGUGAUGAUGAUGGUGGUGCUGGGGCUACAAUGGCAGCGAUUGUUCCACCAUCUAGUCAGAAGUGA